GUCUUCAGUUGCCUUUCAAUGGUUGCAUCGAGUAGUCUGUUUGCUGAGCAGAUCAGCUGGCGCAACUGCAAUGAGCUGUUGCAUCCGCAUAGCUGCCGGCGUGCCGCUUGCCAGAAUGUCUAUCGGUUUAUCUGGUCGAACCUCAAGUAUUAUCUGCCCAUGUUCGUGCUGGAUCUGCUGAAGCAGGCUUUGCGCGGCAAUCAGCUGCUGCUGCACUCGCUCCGUAAUGCAAUGUGGUAUUACGGCCAGCUGGUGUUCGGUGGCCUGGUCACUGGUUGGCUGUCAGCCAGCUUCAUUUGCUUGCUGCGUCACCUGCUGGGCGAAUUCCGACCGAAUACGGUGGUGUUUGUGCCUGCCGUCUUGGCUGGUGCUUUCGAUGCGCUCUUGCCCAUUCGUGUGAAGCAGCUGCAUCAAACGGCCCUCUUUCAAGCUCUGAUCGAAAGCCUGCUGCUGCAGCGCUCCACUCCACUGACCAAGGCGCUGGGCACAUCUCUCUGGCGACAAACCCUGCUCUUCAUGGCCUGCAGCGCCGUCAUCAUGCUGGGCAAGCAACGCCAGUGGCACAAAGGUUUCUGGUUCGUAACACCCGAUUGCCUGAAGUCGGAAAGGAGCUUAAGUCCCCUUCAAUAUGUGGUUCAGGGCGUGCGUAAGUAUUUGCUCAUUGGUUUCGCUUUGGACAUCUUCAAGGCUUUGAUAAGCUGCAUUAAGACGGGUCGCUGGCACCUGAAGCAGUUCAGCUUGGAGUCUAUGGCCUGGCUGGGCUGUUACGUGGGCAUCUACCGGACUAGCUUAUGCUAUAUGGCAAGCAAGACGGAUGCCAGCCAGACGCUACAGCAGAUCGUGUCGAGUUUUCUGGGUGGGCUCAGCUUUGUUUGUUAUCCGAAGUUGACCAUCUUGAGCUAUGCCCUGCUGGAGGCGGGUCGCUCGCUGUGGGGCAGGUAUCACCGGAAAAGGCAGAGAUCUCGGUUUGGCUAUAGCGAUCUGGUCUUUCCCCUGGUGCUAGCGUACCUGAUACACACCUAUGCCUUCUACCCGAAGAGAGUUAGCGCUCUUGCGAGCAUCAUUAUCAACAGCACGACGGGCAAUUAUGCCGGAAAUAUAAGCAAACGUCUGCAACAUUUACAGCCGGCUGGAUGGCAUGGCAAAUGGAUUUAA